AUCCUAGGUCUUGAAAGCACCACUCGUCGACUGUACAGUGCACGGCGUCCGCUGAGUUCCAGGUGCAGUCAUGGCGUCAACGGAAUCCCCGACCGAAAUGCCCGCCAAUCCCGGAAGGCCUCCGGUGUGCCAGAUGAUCGACGGCUCUCUCUACAGCAUGUUCCUCGACCCCGUGCUUUUCCGAAAAGCCGCGGAGCUCAAGACGGAGGACGGCGACAUCAUCCAAGUUACCUUCCCAAAGUGCGGCACCCACUGGGUCCAGCAGAUCAUCCAGCUCAUCCUGAACAAGGGAGAGAGCCCCCGAGACUUUGAGGAGUUCGUCAAGAGGGCGCCCUUCCUCGAGUACCAGGGCGCCGAAGCCCUCGAGGGCAUGGCGUCUCCGAGGACCAUCCGAACGCACCUGCCUAUGAACAAGAUCGCCUUCAACAAGAACGCAAAGUACGUGUACGUGGCCCGCAACCCCUGGGACUGCUGCAUGUCUUCGUACCACUUCAUGACCAUGAUGCCGCAGUGGCAGAUGCGCGAAGCCACCUUCGACGACUUCCUCAAGGUCUUUGUGAAGGGAGAGUGGGGCUUUGGCGACUACUUCGAGCACGUCAUGGGCGCUUACAAGCUCAGGGACGAACCUAACGUGUUCUUCGUGACGUACGAGCAACUCAAAGAGGAUACGCGUGAGACUAUACUCAAACUCGCCUUUUUCCUGGGAGACGACUAUGGGAGGAUGCUCGAGAAUGACAAUGAUUUGAUGGAAGACGUCAUAAGAAAAAGCGGCACCGAGUACAUGAGGGACAUCGUGAAGACCAGCAACGCGAAUCUGGCUUCGUUGUUCAUCAAGAAUCCUCUGCUGGUGUCCAGGUUACCUAAGCCCUCCGACGACGAGAAGGAGAGCAAAGGUGGCAAGAUCAGCUUCGUUCGCGUCGGCAAAGUGGGCGGCUGGAAAGAGGAGUUCACGCAGCAUCAGCUCAGGAUACUUCAGGAAAAGAUCGAGGAAAUCUCGAAAGACUCGGACAUCAUGGACCUGUGGAAGAAGCAGUGGCUCAGUGCUAAAGAGGAAGCCGCCAAGUAAACAAACAUGAUAUAGACGCUUCACACACGCACCAAAUUACAGCCGCCAUUGUUGACCUUCUCUUGUGUUUCCCAGAUGCCGAGCCACUAAAGAAGGUUCGACGAACCUCCACAAAGAUCAAUGUUGUGGAGAAGGACACAGCAGAACCUAAAAUGACAAUAACUUGCCAUGCUAUGGUAACGAUGAAAUGAAGUAAAUGUAAUAAGAGGAAACAAAAACCGAAGGUCGGUUAUGGUGGCGCCCACGCACAGCUCCUGCAAAGCGUCUAUACACGAGCGUUUGUUUCUUCCUUGAAAGUGGAACUUGAUUCGAAGGCACUAUAAGAAUUUUAAAAAAUGAUCGACAUAGUUGGCUUUACAGAAAACCGUCUACUCUUCAAGUCUGUCGCUGAUUUGUAUGUCCAACCCAAGCUGGGGGAUUAAAAAGUAAUGGCAAUGUUCUGACACAA